UUUCCUCGAACCGGUUCACUUUUCACUUUUGGUUUCCAAGGUUUUAUUAUAAUUCGGGUUAUAAAAAACAGUGGUUUCCUUCUUGCUAAUGUCAGGCAACUCGACAAUUGGCUUGUACCGGUUUGACCAAUGACAUUUCUUCGAGUUUUCUUUCAAAGGGUUUUUAAUAUAUUUAUUUGAUUUCUUGGAUUUCAAUCUAAAUUUUUAGUCAUUUUCAAAUACAAGAAUUAAAAGAAUAAUAAGACUUUACUAGUAAUGGAAGACGAGAAAAAAUUUACUCCCGCUAGAACCCGCAAACGUUUGAAGCUUCGUCGUUUGGCAAGUAGUCCUGCGAGUACUGGUGACCAACUUAUCAAAGAACAAUCAACCCGCAAUUUCUUGCGAAAGCUUAAACGAAUACUAUUCGCCACCUUGUUCUUGUCCGUCGCAGCGGCCGUUCUUUUGGGACAUCACCUCACACAAAACAACGCUCAGCAAAAUAGUCUUAUUCAAGACUUUCUUAGUAGCUAUCGGCGACAUUAUUAUCAAAUCGUGCAUGGUAUACCACAUUACUGUGAUGCAGAACUAAACGCACGAUCUGUGUUCGCACGGAUCAAUGAACAUCAAAUACUGCACCAAGAAGAAGCAUUGCAAAAACUUGAUAUAAUCCUGCGGAAUCAAACGCACUUCCGCUCUAUAGCCAUAGUUGGGCCCUCUGGAGUUGGCAAAACAAUGACAGCUAGCGCUUUAGGGGAACAUUUUCCAUGGCGGGAAAACGUGUGGACGUAUGCAUGGAAUACUCAUGUUAAAGAUGAGAUACAAAAAUUCCAUAUGCUACGUCUUUAUGUUGAGCAACUUUCGGAUUGUGGCCAUAACUUGCUCAUUAUUGACAACCUUUCGCCCUGCGAUGACGGAGUAGUGCCGCUAUUAAAUAAAAUGAUUGCUAUGCAAGAUGAUGCAAACAGAAAACAUGUUAUUGUAGUUUAUAUAUUUCAAUUAAACGCAAUGCUUGACGAAAAUGCUUAUCAAGACCAAAAAAAUGCUUUGCAAAAUUUACCAGAUACAGCAACGAUAAAUUUUAAGUCGUUAGAUCAAAAAGAAUUGCGAGAAUGCAUACAACGGGAAGCUUUGUUGAAUAAUUUAACGCUAAAUGAUGCUGAUUUUAACGAAAUUGCUAAUACAAUAGAUGUAACCUCCUCUGGCUGUAAAAAGGUACACGCGAAAGUAAUGGUCUACGGACGCCGGAUAGAACAAUUUCAUUCCGAUGAAUUCUAAAAUCACAAAUACCAAAAAUUCUAAAAGACUCUUCGAAUAAUCGACUGAAUCUCUUUUCAAAAGGGUGUAAUUUUGUAUAGACUGUUAUUAUGUUUGUAUGUUUAACGAAAAAUAUAUGCUAAAGCAAGUUAUGGAGAAAUUAAAUAAUAAUUGCAUUUUAUUGUACUAAUAUUGAAUGGGCUACAGAAAUGCAUACUCCAAAUUUUUCUAAGGAAUCUAAUGAAAAGCUCGAAAUGUUUACGAAAGUUAGUUGAAUUUUUUUAAUAUUACACAAAGGUUGAACUUGGACUCAUACGCAUUUUGUUGAAAAAUUCACACAUUUUUAUAAAAAUUAGUCAAAUUAAAUAAAAAAAGUUUAAUUCUUAAAACUUGCCAAUGUGGGAUGGGCUUAUAAUUUUGACAUAGGGUGCAUUGGUAUACUACUUUCCAACUUUUUAUUUAUUAUUUUCAUAGUUUUCUCGGUUAUUUACGCACCGAAUCAUAGAGUAGGUUUUCAUAAUUUUACAAGAAAUGUAUCCUUUAAUAAAACGGUCAGUUUUUAUUACUUAUGAAAUGAAAUGGUUUUUAUUCAUUCUCGAUUUUAAGCGAAACGACCGAUUAGUCGGUUAAUUUCCUACGAUUAAUUGUAAUUAAUAAUCGAAUGCUUUCGAUUAAUCAAUUAACCGAUUAAUCGAUUACUAAUUUUUUUGACAUCACUAGUCUUAUUGGUAUGGCCGAAUUACAUUCGAAAGCCAGUUAAAAUUAACGUCAAGUGGAUUGAUGUACAAUUCAAAAAACCACUAUACGAGUAGUUUUUUACGGCACUAACAUUUCAUUUCAUUUCAUUUAUUGAACAAGAAAAUUAGUACAGUAAGAUUUUGAAUCUUUUAUAGUACAACAGAUAGAGUGGAAAUCAGGUUGUUAAUACAUCUACAAACACGUUACUAUGAUGAUAUUAAAAAUGCAGGCUUACAUACAUAUGUAUAUACUUAAGGCUACGUC